UGACCGUUGCCGGCGGCUGUUGCGGGAUGUCGGCCACGUGCGCCGUGUCCCGUAAAGCGCAGCCGCCGCCGCCGCGUCCCACGGGCGAGAGGGAUCCGCCGGCCAAGGCGAUGCGCAGGGGCUUGCGGCGGGGCCACGAGGCGGAGCGGGAGCAGCUGCCGUGGCCGGCAGCGAGCGGCGGCGACACCGGAGCGGAGCAGCCGGCCUCGCCGAGCGGCGAGCGUCGGAGGCGGCAGCCGCCGGAGCCCAGGGCAGCGGCGGCGGCCGCCACGGCGGGCAGCGGGGAGGCAGAGGAGGAGCGGCUGGAGCGGGAGCAUUUCCGGAGGAUCAUCAACGCCUUCCGAUACUACGGAACGAAUAUGCAUGAACGAGUGAACAGAACAGAGAGGCAGUUUAAAUCUCUCCCAGCUAACCAACAGAGUCUUCUUCCUCAAUUCCUUCCUCACCUUGACAAGAUUCGGAAGUGUAUCGAUCAUAAUCAAGAGAUACUACAGACCAUUGUGAAUGACUGCGUUCAUAUGUUUGAAAAUAAAGAAUAUGGAGAAGACGGACGAGGAAAGAUUACACCAGCUUCGACAUUUGACAUGGAUAAAUUAAAAUCCACUUUGAAACAGUUUGUGAGAGACUGGAGUGAAGAGGGAAAGCCUGAGCGAGAUUCCUGCUACCAGCCAAUCAUUAGUGAAAUUGUGAAGAACUUUCCAAAAGAAAGAUGGGAUUUCUCCAAAGUUAAUAUCCUGGUACCUGGUGCUGGGCUAGGUAGAUUGGCGUGGGAAAUAGCUAUGCUCGGUUAUGCUUGCCAAGGAAAUGAAUGGAGCCUCUUUAUGCUCUUUUCUUCUAACUUUGUACUGAACAGAUGCUCUGAAAUUAACUCAUGUAAGCUUUAUCCCUGGAUUCAUCAGUUUAGCAAUAACAGAAGAUCUGCUGAUCAGAUACGUCCAAUAUAUUUCCCUGAUGUUGAUCCUCACAGUCUUCCUUCUGGUUCAAACUUCUCUAUGACAGCAGGGGAUUUUCAAGAAAUUUAUUCUGAGUGCAAUACGUGGGACUGCAUAGCAACUUGCUUCUUCAUAGAUACAGCACAUAAUGUUAUUGAUUACAUUGAUACUAUAUGGAAAAUACUGAAGCCUGGAGGAAUAUGGAUAAAUGUAGGACCACUCCUUUACCACUUUGAAAACUUAGGAAAUGAACUUUCUAUAGAAUUAAGCUAUGAGGAUAUAAAAAAUGUUAUACUGCAAUAUGGAUUCCAUAUAGAGGUGGAGAAAGAAUCUGUAUUGUCAACUUACACUGUGAAUGAACUUUCCAUGAUGAAAUACUACUAUGAAUGUGUGUUGUUUGUGGUGAGAAAACCAGAAUAGAAGUGAUCUGAAUAGGAAAAUAAGAAACAAUGUUAGCUUGAAAGGCAGAAAUGGGGAUAAAAUGGACUGGUUGAUGUCUGGAUACAACCUCAAAUCAGUGGUGCCUUCAUAUUCCUAAUAGGAUUUAGAUAGUGUCUAUUUUCUUAAUAUCUGUGUUGCUAUCCAGACAUGUACUAUGCCAUGCAUAUUUGUAAUAUACUUGUGAAAAUGGAGGAAGAAAUGUUCAUAAACACUGCUUUGUGCUUUGGAAUGCUUUAAAAAUACAAGCAGAAACAUUUUCUUGAGAAUAAAAUGUGUUGUUUGCCAUAACCAGGCUAAUUCUUUGCAUAUGCUGCCUCAUUUUUCAUAGAUUUAUAAAUUGCUUUCUUUUUUUUCUAAUCUCUGAUGUUAGAAAUUCAUAAAGAUGCUUACUAUACUAGCUGUGUCACUUUUAGAGAAGUAUUUCUAAACAUAUACUUAAGAAGUCUGAAAUGGUUGGAAAAUUAUACAAUUAUUUAUGAUUAUUUAGAUACAAUAGCGGUCAGAACUGUUACAGCAUUUUCUGUGGAACUGAAACAAAGUAGAUUAUUACACAAAUUCUUAUAUUUGACUGUACUACUGUCAACAAUUUAAUCAAAACACAGAGCCUGUAGGCAAUUUGAAGUGCUAUGUGAAGGCAGAGUACUGAGUGAGGAAAAAGGCUGUCACAGAGAAGCAGUAUGUUAGCCUCAGUUCAGGAAUAAGACCAGUUUUGUUUAAUCUCUUAGUGUUGAAACUGAAAUAGGAGAUGAUUUGCUGUCUUAAAAUACAUUGCUUUUGAGUCACCUACUUAAUACUUAAGCCACAACAGUGAAGCAGAUUUUUUUUUGUUAAACAUAAUUGACAGAAAGUCAUGUUACACCUUGAGUUCUUUUUUUAAACUUGAUAAAAUAGCUGAGUUAUCCAUGCCAUGUGUAGGCUGUGAAACAGAAAAAUCCUUGUUUUUUUCAAAGAGGAAAAAUAAAGUUAUAUGUAACUAAUAUGCCUUGUAACCUAAUAAUCUCUUCCUGAAUCAUCAUGUGCAGGCCAAUUAUUUCCUUGUAACUUCAGGCACUUUACCCUUGUCACCUAGUGACUUCUUGGUUCCUUAUCCUGAUAGUGUUUUUUCGUGGCACAUGUGGCUUAGGUGAAUAUUUUAUCUACACGCCAUCAUACCCUACAGGAGGCUGACUGAAUAUUCUGUCGCUUAGAAGCUAGUUAUAUGAGAAAACAUUAACUGAGGGGAGGUGUUACGUUAGACAUGUCUUUUUCUUAAUUUAUUGGUUACAUUAAGUACCAUUUUCAUCAAUUUCAGAGCUUUCUUUGAAAUAUAAAAAUGUUAUGGUAAGGAAUUAAGGGGGUUUUGAUGUUUGGUCAUAAUGGCACUGGACAAUAACUUGCUUGCCUUUAUUUCUAGUCCCUUUUUUCAUGUUGAUGUCCUAAUCACAUCUCUUCAAUAGAUCUGUUACUGGCAUUUGGAUUUUUCCCAGUAAGGCCAGAACCUUGUCCUUCUGUUCCUAAACUGUUUGUCUGCAAGGAAGGAAAACACAAACUUUUUUUAUAUAAUUUCAGCACUGUGUAAGAGAGCACAUGCCUCAGUGUAUUCAGUACUGUGCCUCUUUCCGCUCAGAAUCCUUACUGAGAAUGUGUGUGGUCUACAGAAGUUGUCAAUUAGGGUUUUCCUUAAACUAGUCUUAUCUUAACUUUUUUUUUUUAAAGGUUGCUUUAAUUUGGUUACUGUACUAUUCAGUGUAUUUUUGAGGAACUUUGUGAUUCUUUGCUUUCAUUCUGAUUUAUUUUCUUUUUUACCUUAGGUGGACUAUGUUUAGGCCUUAAAAUAAGGCAAGGUUAAGUGAAUGCUGAUUAUGCUGUUGCUCUGAGUAGUAUAUAUUAUUUGUAAUAUCACCCAAUUUCCGUCUCCUACUCAGGCUGUAGUUACACUUGAAAUGUGGUGGUCUUAUUUUUCAUAAAUGGGCAACUGAAUUCUGGCUUUCUAGUUGAAUGUUAAUAUCCUUCCUUCUGGUGGCUUUGUUUUUUACCUCCUCAUAUUGUCACAAGCACCAUGUUUUGUCUUGUUUUUGGAAAAGUAUGUUCUCAUUUACUUACAGCGAUAUGCUUCUAUUUCAAAUCGAGAAAAUGUCAGUUUUCCCCAGUGUUUUAAAUUAUGACGGUUGCAUUAAGAGCUGGAAGCUUGUAAGUUGUAUGAGUUAAUAGUGUUAUACCUGCAGUUGUAUUUAUGAGUUCCUAAGAUGCAUCACUGUUAUGCACAUGGAUAAUUGUGUAUUAUUGGAUGUGAUUACAUUCUUCUUUUCAGUUGUACACGGGGGGGGAGGGAAAUGCUUAAGGUGUUGAUCAGCUGCAGCCAAGAACGUUUGACUUAAGCCACUGUUAACCUGUACAGGUAUUGGAUGUAAAAUAAAAUGCUGCAUAAUCCUCA